UGGGUUUUGGUUUAUUGACGGGGUCCCUCAGAGUCGUCGCCGCCAGCGCCAUCUUUCUUUCCUUCUUUCACCUCUCAGACAGAAACAUGGUGCGAGGACCAAAGCACCACUGCAAGCGGGUGUGCGCCCCCAAGUCAUGGCUCCUGGACAAGUUGGGAGGCGUCUUUGCUCCCAGACCCUCCACUGGCCCUCACAAGAGGCGUGAGUGCCUUCCCCUUGUCAUCCUGCUGCGUAACCGACUCAAGUACGCACUUACCAACGAUGAGGUUAAGAAGAUCACCAUGCAGAGGCUUAUCCGUGUCGAUGGCAAGAUCCGCACGGACAAGAACUACCCCACUGGGUUCAUGGAUGUGGUGAGCAUCCAGAAGACUGGCGAACACUUCCGUAUCCUUUAUGACGUUAAGGGUCGUUUCAUUGCUCACCGCAUCACUGAUGAGGAAGCCAAGUACAAGCUGUGCAAGGUUACAAAGGUUUGUGUUGGCCCCAAGAAGGUCCCUUACCUGACUACCUCGGAUGGCCGCACCCUGCGCUACCCUGACCCCAUCAUUAAGAUCAAUGACUCCAUCCUCUUUGAUCUUGAGAAGAAGAAGAUGAAGGAUUUGAUCAAGUUUGAUACAGGCAACCUCUGCAUGAUCACAUCUGGUUGUAACAUGGGUCGUGUGGGCACCAUUGUGUCCCGUGAGCGUCAUGCUGGUAGCUUCGAUAUUGUUCAUGUUAAGGAUACUGUUGGCCACACCUUCGCCACCAGGUUGAACAACGUGUUCGUGAUCGGCAAGGGCACCAAGGCAUACAUCUCCCUUCCAAGAGGCAAGGGUGUGAAGCUCAGCAUUGCUGAGGAGCGCGACCGCAGGCUGGCUCAGAAGAUUAACUAAAUAAAAAUCUCUAAGUGAAAA